AAAACCACACAUUUAGAUUUGUCGCUGCAAACCAAUCAUUAAACAUUGAAGCCGAAGCCCAUGAAAUUGGGAAUUGAAAGAGAUGGUCCAAAAGAACAAAAUUCAAGUGACAGGAGCGCGCUUGGCAACUGAGCGCGGUUGUGGGCCGUGGGGCAAGAGGAAGACAGAAACCAGCAUCACCACCAUGAGUACUGAAGAAGAAGAUGAUAUGGUGUGCUUGGAUGAAUCUUUCUUCAUCAAUGACGAUUACCAGAUUACUGAUUUUACAUUUGGCCCUCAUCUUCUUCACCUUUACUGCCUCCAAUCUUCUUCAACUGAUUUUGAUUUGACAGGACAGUUGGUGUGGCCUGGGGCAGUUCUGUUGAAUGAUUAUCUUACAAAGAAUGCUAACAUGCUCCAAGGAUGUUCUUGCAUCGAACUAGGCUCUGGUGUUGGUUUAACUGGAGUACUCUGCAGUAGAUUCUGUCGUGAAGUAGUGAUGACAGAUCAUAACGAUGAAGUUCUCAAGAUUCUGAAGGAAAACAUAAAGCUGCAGGAAUCUUCAGAUGAUUCUAUGUGUUGUACAGAAUUAAAAGCUGAGAAGCUGGAAUGGGGAAACUCUGAUCAGCUGAAUUGCAUAUUACAGGGGCAUCCAGAAGGAUUUGAUUUAGUCCUCGGAGCUGACAUCUGUUUUCAGCAGGCAAAUGUUCCUUUGCUUUUUGAUACUGUUGAGCAGCUACUUAAAGAUCGUGACCAGAGCAAAUGCAAAUUUAUUUUGGCCUAUGUUUCACGAGCAAAAGUCAUGGAUGCUAUGGUCAUCAAUGAAGCAAUUCGGCAUGGUCUGCAGAUAAAUGAAGUUUCUGGGACUCGGCGUAUUAUCAAGAAUCUUGAAGGAGUUAUAUUUGAGAUUACAACUAAUCACUAGAGUUGGCAAUUGAGAAUGAAAUUUCUUCAGGACCAUUUGAUUGGAAAACUAUACACGUUUUAAGGAGCACAGAGAAAAUAUUACUGAGUCAACAUUCAACAGCACAGAAAGCUCUUAUAGCCGUCAAAACCGUGAUUUUCUGUCUAAUUUUGACAUUCUAGGCAACAAAAGAGAUGCACCAAGUCCUCAAAGACUCUUGUAAUGUACUUUUUUCCCUUUAUAGCUCUUCUUUUGUCCAACGGAAACAGCCUCCCUAUCCUAGAAAGGUGGGGAUAAGGUCACAUUGGGUAUUGUAGGCUUCUUUUGAUUUGUUUUCAAACUCUAUUUUGAAGCAAGUCGCUUUUGGUAAUUUAAGCCUUUUGUUUUGGAUCA